AUAGUUUUUUCUUAUAAAUUUGUUGAUUUUGGCAAAUUAAGUUCUUAUGAGUGUGGUUUUGAUUUAUCUUUGAGGGUUCGGGAUAGUUUUAGUGUUGUUUUUUUUUUAAUUGUUUUGAUUUUUGUUGUUUUUGAAUUGGAGGUUAUUAUUUUUAUUAUUUUAAUUCAGGGUGAUUUUUAUGGUAUUUUUUCUUUUUUUUUGUUUUUUCUUUAUGUUGUUUUUAG